AUGGCUCCUACCGCUACCAACGUCCGCAACAACGAGGGGAUCGCCAACUACACAAAGUUCUGGCAGAAGGAUUCCAAGGAUGACUCGGAAACCGACAUGGCCAACCGCCUUUCCGAGUACACCUCGGUCGUCAACGGCUAUUACGAUGGUGCCACCGACCUCUACGAGUACGGCUGGGGCCAGAACUUCCACUUUGCCCGCUACUAUCCCGGUGAGGCUUUCAUGCAGGCCAUCGCUCGCCACGAGCACUACCUAGCCCACCAGAUGAACCUCAAGCCCAAGAUGCGCGUUCUCGACGUCGGAUGCGGUGUCGGUGGUCCCGCUCGCGAGAUUGCUCGUUUCGCCGAUGUCAACGUCGUCGGUCUCAACAACAACGAGUACCAGAUUCAGCGUGCUCGCAAGUACACCGAGAAGGCCGGUCUCUCGGCUCAGGUCGAGUUCGUCAAGGGCGAUUUCAUGAAGCUCGACGAGCAGUUUGGCGAGAACAGCUUCGACGCCGUUUACGCCAUCGAGGCCACCUGCCACGCUCCCAACUUCGAAGGCAUCUACGGUCAGAUCCAGAAGAUUCUCAAGCCCGGAGGAAUCUUCGGUGUCUACGAAUGGUGCAUGACCGACGCAUGGGACCCUACCAACCCUGAGCACAAGCGAAUCGCUCACGGCAUCGAGGUCGGUGACGGUAUCCCCGAGAUGCGCUCCAUCCAGAACGCCAGGAACGCUCUCAAGAAGGUCGGCUUCCAGAUUGAACACGAGGAGGACCUCGCUGACCGUGGCGACAAGAUCCCCUGGUACUACCCCAUCGCCGGAAGCUUGAGGGAUUGCCAGACCGUUUGGGACUACUUCACCGUCGCUCGUAUGACCAAGGUCGGCCGUGCGACCACCCAAGGUGCCGUCAAGGUCCUCGAGAAGCUUCGUCUUGUACCGCAGGGUACUCACUCGGUCGGUGCCUCGCUCGUAGUGGCCGCCGAUGCUCUCGUGGACGGUGGCCGCACCAAGCUUUUCACGCCCAUGAUGCUCUUCGUUUGCCGCAAGCCCGAGUCCAAGUAA